AUGUCGAAACCAAGCAGGAUCGAAUACCAAGACCUCGAAGAGCUUCUCAAAGAUGACAACAAGGUCAAGCUCGCUGGCUUGGACGUAGAUGGCAUCGUCCGAGGCAAGUACGUUUCGAAAUCAAAGUUCCUUUCGGCGGCUAAGCCUACCUCUGAUUUCGGCUUUUGCUCUGUGAUCUUUGGUUGGGAUAUGCACGAUCUUGUCUACCCGACCGAACUUCUCGUCUCGAACAAAGCAAACGGCUAUCGCGAUCUUUCGGCGAGGAUCGAUCUGGACACCUACCGACGCAUUCCGUGGGAGAACAACGUGCCUUUCUUCCUUAUCCGAUUCUUCAAUGCCGAUGGAACACCGCUUGCCGUUUGUCCACGAAACUUGUUGCGCUCAGUGGCGAGCAGAGUGGAGGAGCAGACGGGAUGGAGGUGCAUGGCCGGAGCUGAAUUCGAGUACUUUCAGUUUAAAGAGACUGCCCAGUCACUAGCUGAGAAAGCUUUCGUCAAUCUUAACACGCUUACACCAGGCAAUCAUGGCUAUUCCAUGCUCCGCACCACUCUCAACAAGGACUACUUCCUCGAGCUCUUUGAUGCCGCUCAAGCUUUCAGAAUCGAUGUCGAGGGGCAUCAUACCGAGACUGGUCCAGGUGUGUACGAGACUGCAUUGGCCUACACCGAAGUGACGCGCAUGGCCGAUAUGGCGGUCCUCUACAAGCUCCUCGCCAAAUCCGUAGCCAUCAAGCAUGGCAUUGUACCAACCUUCAUGGCUAAACCGCAUGCGAACCAUGCUGGAUGUUCUGGGCAUAUCCAUGUAUCCCUCUGCGAUCCCAAGACGGGCAGGAACAUGUUUGCGCUAAGCAAGGAGGAGCAGAUUGCACAACAAGGCAGGAAGGAAGCCAAGUACGAGGAUGUCAAAUACCUUAGUCAACAGGCCGAGUGGUUUCUCGCUGGAGUCAUGACCGGCUUGCCGGACAUCAUGCCCCUACUGUGCCCAACGAUCAACUCGUACAAGAGGCUAACUACAGGCCAAGCCUACUGGGCUCCCAACAUCUCUUCCUAUGCCUACGACUCCCGGCUGGCUUCAGUGAGGAUCCUGAGUCCCCCAGACGUGCCAGACUACGCAACACGCUUCGAAGUGCGUGUACCAGGAGCCGACCUAAACGCCCCGUACGCAUUCGCAGCCAUCUUCGCCCUCGGACUCUACGGUAUCUCGCAAAAGCUUCAUCUGCCCUUCGCACCUCUGGACACCACACUGGAAGCUAAGGAGCAAAAGCUGGUUUACCUACCAACAUGCUUGCAGUCAGCGACACAACGGUUCAUGGCCAAAGAGAGUCUCGCACGAAAAGUGCUAGGCGAUACACUUGUCGACCACUUCGGCGCAACUAGACUGCACGAGGUACACUUGUUCAACCAAUCCGUCACCAAUUGGGAGAUGCAAAGGUACAUGGAGCUUGUCUAA